GAGAUUAUUUGGAAAUGAAGCAAAAAUGGCUUGAGAAAUGGAAGACACGUUUUCUAAGUUAAAAUCUGGUGUUUCUGCCGUUGGGGCAAAUCCACCAGAGUAUGAUGAUUGUGAAGAAAAUGAUGAUGAUAUUGAUUUCCUAAAUGAUGAAACAUUUGGUGGGGAAAUUGAAGCGGGUGAAUUUGAUUGGGAGGAAGAACAUGAGAAAUAUGCUGAAGUGUUGGAACAUGACCAUACCAAACAUGGACAAGGGAUGCGAGAUUCUGGAUAUGGUACAACAGACAAAAGCUAUAGAUCUCAGGAGGAGUACAUGGAACAGAGUAUCAGUCAGCUGGUUGUUGACGAUGAAGAAGAUAUAGAAGAUCCAGCAAUACUCAAUGUCAGCAAAAGCUACAGGAUUCCAAAGAGAGAGACGAAUCUUGAGGAGUUGUUUGGACCAGAAUCUCCUCCUGCUUUUCUGGAUGCUGAACAUCUGGUUUCACCUUCGAGUAGGAACAUCUGGGGAUCACCAACAAAAGAAUCACACAUGCAGAAACCAGUCAACAAUCUCCAAAGUCUGUUUGAUUUUGCCAAAGCUUCAUCGGCAACUGUUCACAGACAGCAUCCAUCUAUGUCAACACCAGACCAGCAGAGGAGGUCUCCACAGAUGAUCCAGAAGGGACAUACCCUCGAGGAAUUAGAGAACCAGAUGUUACAGCGACCUCCUACGAUAACUCGUCCUGUGACGGCAGAGGAACUGGAGAGGGCCAUGAGGGGUGAGGUACCACCUCCGCCAAUGCAUCAGGCUCCAAGACCUAAUGUACCUCCUCAGUAUAGGGGUGUACCACAAAUGCCUAUGCAGAGACCACCACAAGUAUACAACCAGUAUCCACCAUCUCCAAUGAACGUGAUGAAUGGUCGUAAAUCUCCAUUAUCUGGUAUUUCUAUAUCAACACCUCCAACUAUGAUCCCUCAGAGGAUGACAGAAGGACAUUAUUCACCGAUAACAGACAUGAUGGGGAUGACACCCCCUGGACGGGGUGCGAUGAUCCAUCCUAGAAUGAUGGAGGGACGUAACUCGCCCCUAGCCGAUGUGAUGGGUAUUACUCCACCUCGUCAGAACAACAUGUCACCUGUGAUGAUGGGAAAUAGCCGACAGUCUCCACUAGGAAUGAUGGGUUUAACACCAGGGCGUAGAACCACGCCUUCACCUCCCACUUAUUCAGUGUCCCCUCUCUUCAUGCAAUCACCUUUGUCUCAGGCACGAUUGAUCUCACCCUAUGCCAGGGGUCAGUUGUUGGAAAUGUUGGCUAAUAGAGCACCAACUGCACCCAUUGGCAUUCCAAGGCAGAUGGGAAGAGGAUCAAUACCACCAAAUCAUAGUCCUUAUAAUAGUCCAGCCCCACACCAGCAGAGCCCAUACAACAACAGAAAUUCAUAUAAUAGUCCUGCUAAUCACCACCCAAGUCCAACAGCUAGAUUUCCUAUUCACCCGGGUCAAGGACACAGUCCUGCAGGCUUUAGUACUCCACAACCAAACAGUUCAAUGGUGAAACCUGUGACAUUGUUUGACUUUAUUGCACCUAGGAUACCUCAUCAUCAUAAUGGAAACACAGACCCACGACAUACUCGAGGAAGAGGAAGAGGGACAUAUCAAAACUGGGGAGACAAGCAAAAUCAUCCAAAUUACAGAGAGCGAGAACACAGAGAGAAUUACAGAGACAGAGAUUAUAGAGAAAACAGAUCAUUUAACAACAGACGUUACUACCAGUAUGAUGCAGACAAUGAACAUCGUAGGAUGGACGAUUAUGCUGGCUUGAUGACACAGAAAGAAAAAGACUGGAUUAUUAAGAUACAGUUGUUACAGUUACAGACAGAUAAUCCUUAUAUAGAUGAUUAUUAUUACACUACAUUUGCUAUAAAGAAGAAGGCAUUAGAAAGACAGAAACAGAUAGAGAAUGGGGAACUGGAUGGUAAAAAUCAACCAGAACUAGUAAUACCAGCCAUGGCUAAGCUAGAGACAAGGGCCUAUAAACCUGCUCAGUUUGAAGGGUCACUAGGUAGGUUGACCACAUCAAGUGUUCACAAUCCUCGACAAAUUAUUGAUUUGCAGUCACAUGAUAUCCAUGAUGAGGGUCAAGGUCAGAGUGCAAAUAAGGAUUUAAGAAAGGCCAGACAGUUACUGAUGGAAAUAGAAAAGGGGUAUAACUUAUUGCUGGAGGUUGAUGAUAUAGAGAAGAAAAUAUUGGCCUUACCAGAAGAAGCUAGAACUCCCUUAUUUGAACAAAGACAUGACAUGCUUUUCUCGCUGUAUAAAUAUGUGAUUAGUGAUGACUUCCUACAUCUUAUGAUGGUCAGAAAAGGCAGGAAACUGGUAGCUAGAUGUAUACCUAACCUUGAAAAGAAAAAUGGAGAGGAUGUAGUUAUGUUAAUAUUAAAAAGAUUACAAGUGCUGCUGAAGAAAGACCAUCUAGAUGAGGGAUUAAUGGUUUUACACGAUCCUGUGGUCAGAACAAUUCAAAGCUGUGAUUUAAAAAGUUUAGUCCAGUUCUUAUCAACUUUACUGUCAGAAUCAGAUACAGCUUCCCAAGCUUUGCAAAAUCAGUUUGGAAGUUCUGUUGUUUGUACAUUAAUUCAUCGUGGUGAAGUGCUGUACAAAGAUACAUCGCCAUUAGACAUAGAUAAUCAGCUACAGACAGAGUGGUGUCAGUUUGUGCAUGAUUUGGCCAGUGUCCUUGCUACAGUGCCAUUAGAAUCUCUGGUGAAGCCAAAACUUCCACAGACAACAAUAUCAGGACAUUUUGACCGUCUGCUCAACAAAAAGCAGAUUGCCUCUCUUGAAGAUAAAUUGAAAGUGAUAGCAGAACCUCAGACUGUUUCUUGACCUUUGACCUUGUACUUAAAGAAUUCUGUGAUGUCAGAAUGAGGUCAGGUGAUAGUGAUGAAUGCAUUUUCUGUGUAUGUGAUGUAGACUAUAUUGGUUUCUAUGAUAGGAUGUUAGUUUUCCUGUAACAUGUGUAUUCAAUUAUUGUUUAGAAAAUUCAGCAGGAAUUAAGUGUUGUAUUUCAGUAUAAACUUAUUUAAUUUUCAGAUGUAUAACAUUUUUAUUCACAAUUGAAGUAAGUGAAAUGUUGUCACAAAGUCUGUUUUGAUGGAAAGAAAAUAUAUAACCGUUUAAUUCAUUUUUUUUAAAGAUUUCCGGUGAUUUGUAUCAUAUCAACAUAGGAGAAAAAUAAACAGAAAAAAAUCAUAUUUGAAAUUUAGAAUUUUCUCUCUAAAUUUUUACCACAACAUUUCACAUGCACCCAUAUUUUGCAGUACAUUUUUUCACAGAUAUUGUUUUGCUAGAAUCAUAGGUUGUAAUUAAUCACAAUGUAUUAAGAAACAUAGAUUAGUAGAUUAGCAGGGCUCUGUAAUAGAUAUUUUGCAUUCACCUUGUCUGUAUGUCUGUCCAUUGGACCAUUUGUCCGUCCAUCAAAUAUUUCCAUUAUAUUUUCUCAAGUAUCAAUGAAAAUAUUGACUUCAUAUUUGGUUAGCAGCUUGUCAGUCAGGAAUUGUAUAAUGAAGUAUGCUUAGCAAGACAAUGCUUACAUUCUUGUUUAUCUGACAUUUUCAUCAUUUAUAACAUAAAAUAUGGUCAUUGUUUAUGAAUUGUCAUACAAUGUCCAGAAUUGCUUUAUAAAUUUUACUAAGAGAGCCCAGAAUUUAAAGGACACUAAUCAUUUUCAUUCCAAUGCUAUAAACCCAUUUUUUUGCCUUUGACUAUAUCAAAAAGUUAUUUUAGAAUUUGAAGGAACUCAAGAUAAACAAUGCUUGGUCAAUGAGUAUUCUGGUGAAUAUUUGGCAAUUAAAAUCUUCUUGUUAAACUUGCAUUGUAGGUGGAUUUUAAGAAUAAAACGUGUCUGCCUACAACUUUAUACUUUUUAACAAGUGUCCCUUAGAAAAAAAGAUCCAUACACAACAAUCUAAAAUAGGUGUUCCUCAUUGCAAGGUAAUGCUAACUAUAGUGUUGAAAACAUAAUGUUGUAGAGGUCUGCUAAACAAAUUCUUGUAAAACUUAUCAAGUAUUUGUAAAUAAACAAAUGGUUUAUAAACUUCCUGGACAUAAGUUUGAUGUAUUAACUCAAUUUACACAAUGUAUGAUUAAUUUUAGUAUCAAGGAAAUAUAUAUGGCACUAACAAACUUUACAUGUACAUUACAAGUUUGUUACAAAUUCACUGACUACAAGUGUUAGUAAAACAAAAGUUUUUCAUAGUUUAGUUUAUGUAAUACAUUUGUAUUUUCGAUAUAAGGAUCAAACAGUUCAAAAACUAACAUUUGCCAUUCAAAAAUUCGACCAAUAUUUUAGUACCUAUAAUAACUUAUAAAAUGUAGUAGACUGUACUAUACUUCUUUUGAAUGAAGUAAAUAAAGAUUUGAUUUAACAUAUAACUUUUUUGGGGGAGGGGAGGUGCAAGUAAUGAGCAAUUUCUCAUGUUUUUUCUCUGCAUAAUUCAUAGAUUCUCCUUCCUAUAAACACUUGGAUAUGAGUUUGGUUUAAAAUUGACAGAAAUUCAAACAUCUUGUUCAAAAACAUAUAAAUGGAUCAUAAGUAAACAAUAGUCAAUCAAUCAAAAAUAAAUAUUAUAUGUAGGUUUUCAUACCAGCAAUCAUAUACUGCUGGAUUCAUACUACAGACAAAUCAGAAAUACAUGCUACUGUAUAUAAUUGUUGGACACAUCAGGUUAAGUGACAUGGCUGAAUUUACUCAAGUCAUAAAAAUAAAAACAAUGUCAUGAACUGUUACAUUUUGUCACAAUACUUCAAAGGAUCAAGUAUACAGAGGUUACAUUAUUAUCCACUCUGAUUGGUUUUGACAUUGUAACACAGUGUCCUAAAUUACAGAAGUUUCAUUGUUAUCCACUUGGAUUGGUUCUGACAUUGUAAUACAGUGUCCUAAAUUACAGAAGUUUCAUUGUUAUCCACUCUGAUUGGUUCUGACAUUGUAAUACAGUGUCCUAAAUUACAGAAGUUUCAUUGUUAUCCACUCUGAUUGGUUCUGACAUUGUAAUACAGUGUCCUAAAUUACAGAAGUUUCAUUGUUAUCCACUCUGAUUGGUUCUGACAUUGUAAUACAGUGUCCUAAAUUACAGAAGUUUCAUUGUUAUCCACUCUGAUUGGUUCUGACAUUGUAAUACAGUGUCCUAAAUUACAGAAGUUUCAUUGUUAUCCACUCUGAUUGGUUCUGACAUUGUAAUACAGUGUCCUAAAUUACAGAAGUUUCAUUGUUAUCCACUCUGAUUGGUUCUGACAUUGUAAUACAGUGUCCUAAAUUACAGAAGUUUCAUUGUUAUCCACUGUUGAUUGGUUCUGACAUUGUAAUACAGUGUCCUAAAUUACAGAAGUUUCAUUGUUAUCCACUGUUGAUUGGUUCUGACAUUGUCCUCAAUUACAGAAUUUUCUGUUUUGUUUAUAAUAUCAAGUAGUUUUCUGAGAUUAAUUUUCAUAAUACUGUUAGUGCCAUCAUAUAUUUUAGAUUAAAAAUGGGGAAUGAUAAAUAUUAACAUGUAUUAUAUUUACUAAAACAAUAUUUUAUUAGAUUACAAUGAACAUUUUAUUUGCUUCUGGUUGAAAUAGUAGAUGUUGUAUUUGCGAAUUUAAAGAUGAAAUUGAUUUUCACAAUUAAGGAUAAUGAAUAUUUAAUAACUCUUUUGUAUUUUGAUACCAUUUGAAAUAUAAGUUAUGUUAGAGUGAUCAAUAAUAUCUUUUUUUAAGUUGCUCUUAACCAAGAAAAUUAAUUGUAAGCUGUUUUUGAAAUUUUUACAUCAGUACAUUUAGCAGGAGCUAGCAUAAUAUAAUUCGCCAAAGAAAUUUCUUUGGUUUGAAAACAAAGCACAUUUUCUUGAAAAUUAUGAAAAAAUAUAAUAAAUAACAGACUUUUAUUGUAUAUUAAAAACUCCUUUUCAAAAAUUGUUAAUGACAAACCUAAACUUUUUGUAAUUUCUUUUUUUUAUAAAAAAUCAUUUCAAAACGUAUUUUUUCUUAUACAGAUGCCAUAAUUGUUUUGCAUGUUUUUGUUUCUCAUAGAUAGAAACAUUGUAAGUAGAUCAUGAUGUAUAUUUGGAGAGUUAUAUUAAGAACCAGUUCUGUGGGGCGACAUUUGUUAUGCCCAGGCGACAUGUUGUUAUGCCUUAAAACACAGACUGAAGAACUAGCCAUUAGGCUUUUUCCUAGUGCUCUUUGUUACUUAGUAACAUUACAAAUAAAAUUUUGCAAAUCCUA